ACUGGUUGAGAUAAACAAAAAUGUCAAAAAAUGUAAGGAUAUUUCGAUUUUAGUAAAAGUAUAUGCAACAACUUCGAUUCGAAAUGGCUGAAGUUCAAAAUUCAAAUGAAAUAAAGGCUAAUAAUGUGCUGCUAGAGUCAAAAGAACCUUUGUUAUUUAAAAAUAUUCUCCACGAGACAAAAAAUUAUAGUAAUUGGGAUAUACUCAAUUGGAAUUGGAAAGAACUUGGUAAUAUUUUUGCAGAUAAAAAAUUGCCAUUUAGGGUUGGGAAAAAAGAAAAAACAAAGGACCCUCAAUGGGAAGUAUAUACACCAAUUGUUUACAAAACAAUGAAUGAGUUUUUGAACGAUGCAAAAAAAGAAUCUUGUAAUUGGUAUUAUUUUGAUUAUAAACAUAUUCGAGAAUGGUUCAAAGAUAGACCAGAUAUAGUCAAAUCAUUCGACUGGAAACUCUUUGAUUUAGACUUUGAUGGAUCGGACUCAACAAUGUGGAUUGGUAGUGAAGGAGCCCAUACAAAUUGUCAUCAAGACACUUAUGGGUGUAACAUUGUCGCACAAAUUCAUGGAAGAAAAUUAUGGUUAUUAUUUCCACCAGACUGCAGUAGUCAGAUGAAUCCAUCACGAACACCAUAUGAAGAGUCAACAAUUUAUAGUAAAUAUAACUUUUUUACUCCUAGUAGGAAAGAAAUUGAUGCCAUUCAAACUAUGAUUGGAAAAGUAAAAAUGGUCAUUCUAGAACCAAAUGAUGUUUUGUUUAUUCCCAAUGGCUGGUGGCACUAUGUUGAAUCUUUAGAUAUAAGUUUGAGUGUAAAUGUUUGGAUACCUCAACCAGAUGAUUGUAAAGCUAGAUUAAAAGAAUCGCUGGUUAACUUAAUUGUUAAUACAAUAGGACAUGACUUACCUAAAGCGGACGAUCAUCCAGAUUCCUCUUUAUUAGAAUCCAUUAAAUAUAUAAAAUUGUCUUUGAAAGAAUGCAAAAAUUUAAAAGGUAAUGAAAUGCUAGAACCUCCAUGUAAAAAGAAAAAAAGUAAUACUGAAGAUGUUUCUUCAUUUCAAAAUGUAGAAAAUGAAUAUGUAAAAUUUAUUAAAACAGUUCCUAAUUUCACUAAUGCAGAUUUUGAGUAUUUUUUGACAAAAAAUAGUUGUAUGGAUGGUUUACACGAUGAACAAGCAGAAGAUAAUUUAGAAGAAUCAGAUCUAACUCUGGUAGAAACACUUGUUGAUGCAUUUAGUCAUCCUGACAUUAUUUCUAAAGUUUUUAGUAUGAUAGAAAGCAAGUUAUUAAAAUGACCAGAAAAUUUCCAUGAAAUGGGAACUAAUUUAUAAAGAGUGUAUAAAGUGAAGACAUAAACAUCCAAUUCUCAAAUUGAAACCAUUAGAAAAAAAACCGUUAUCAAUCAUUAUAGAAGAUUCUAAGUUAUUACGAUAAUAUUCAGUAAAUU